ACGACAGUCAGAACAGCGACGCCGCCCGCACCGGCCGCGCGUCCUGCCGCCGCGACCGACGCACUAUAAAAUCGAUGCACGAUCCGCAACUGGCAUUAAACGCCAACCUAAUUCAUACCUCGUGAAUUUGACGCUCUCGAGAGGCCGUUGCGUCGUGCAAAUAAAAUUAGCUUGAACGUUGUCUAAGUGCAGUGAAGUGAUAGUGAUGCGAUUAUGUUAGUGGAUGGUCAUGUCAAGUGUUGCGAAGAAAGACAAGCCGACGAUGUCGGUUACGGCGCUGAUGAACUGGGUGCGGCCGGCGCCGGCGCAGCAGCAGCCGCAGCCGGCGGCGCCCGCGCCCGUCUCCAUGCUGCAGCCGCUGCAGAUGCCAUCGCCGUCGUUGCAGAACACUCACCACAUCCCAAACGUGGACUGCUCGCUCGACAUGCAAUGGCUUAACCUGGAGAGUGGGUUCAUGUCGCCCAUGUCUCCCCCGGAGAUGAAGCCCGACACGGCCAUGCUGGACGGGCUCCGGGACGACGCGACCUCGCCCCCCACCUUCAAGAACUACCCCCCCAACCACCCGCUCAGCGGCUCCAAGCACCUGUGCUCGAUAUGCGGCGAUAGGGCGUCGGGGAAACACUAUGGUGUAUACAGUUGCGAAGGAUGCAAAGGCUUCUUCAAGCGGACCGUACGCAAAGACCUCUCGUACGCGUGCCGCGAGGAGCGCAACUGCAUCAUCGACAAGCGGCAGCGGAACCGAUGCCAGUACUGUCGCUACCAGAAGUGUCUGGCGUGCGGCAUGAAGCGCGAGGCCGUGCAGGAGGAGCGGCAGCGCGCCGCGCGCGGCGCCGAGGAUGCGCACCCGAGCAGCUCGGUGCAGGUAAGCGAUGAGCUGUCCAUCGAGCGGCUGCUGGAGAUGGAGUCUCUGGUGGCGGACCCCAGCGAGGAGUACCAGUUCCUACGCGUUGGCUCCGACACCAACGUGCCGCCGCGGUACCGCGUGCCCGUCUCCAGCCUUUGUCAGAUAGGCAACAAGCAGAUAGCGGCGCUGGUGGUGUGGGCGCGCGACAUCCCGCACUUCGGGCAGCUGGUGCUGGAGGACCAGGUGGCUCUGAUCAAGGCCUCAUGGAACGAGCUGCUGCUCUUCUCCAUCGCGUGGCGUUCCAUGGAGUACCUGGAGGACGAGCGCGAGAACGGGGACGGCACGCGGAGCACCACGCAGCCGCAGCUCAUGUGCCUCAUGCCGGGCAUGACGCUGCACCGCAACUCUGCGCAGCAGGCGGGCGUGGGGCCGAUCUUCGACCGCGUGCUGUCGGAGCUGAGCCUGAAGAUGCGCUCGCUGCGGAUGGACCAGGCCGAGUACGUCGCGCUGAAGGCCAUCGUGCUGCUCAACCCAGAUGUAAAAGGGUUGAAAAACCGACAGGAUGUUGACAAUUUACGAGAAAAAAUGUUCUCGUGCCUGGACGAGUACUGCCGCCGGGCGCGGGGCGGGGAGGAGGGGCGGUUCGCGGCGCUGCUGCUGCGGCUGCCGGCGCUGCGCUCCAUCUCGCUCAAGAGCUUCGAGCACCUCUACUUCUUCCACCUCGUGGCCGACGCCAGCAUCGCCGGCUACAUCCGCGAGGCGCUGCGCCACCACGCGCCGCCCAUCGACGCCAACUCCAUCAUGUAACGUGCCCAGUGUACCUGUACCCUGUACCCUCACAGCCCGGAGCUGACCAUUGAUCCGGCCGAGACGGAUCCCGUACUGGCGUACUCGAAACGUGCGCCGAUCGCGUCACAUUCUAUAACUCGCCGAAGGCUAUGAACCUCAUAGUGACCAUGUUCUUUUUACGUUCACCGCCUCUUUAUAAUUUUAUCUGAAGGGUAUUUGAGAUCGACUAUGAUAACUCUGCUGUCGUUUUAUUACCCUAAAAUAUUAUAUUUACACAUGAAUUUAAAUCGCUGGCUGGUCCAGGCAACAUUUUAAGUUACAUUAUGUAUCUUAACGACAUAAUUAUGUUAUGCCAAAUGUAUUCGAAAACGCAGCGGUAGUAGAGUUAUCUAUUAAGAGGAAAGGGGACGACCGCUUCUCCAUACAAACGUUGUCCCCAAUGUCCUCUCUGGAUAUUGACAUUGUAAAAAUUAUUUUUACAUAAUUUGAUGUAUAUUAACCAUAGCUAUGCCCCUACGUUGACUUUUUUCGAUUUUUUGAUUAUUGUAAAAAUUAGGAGCAAAAAACAGAUUUCAUAGAAAUUUUUAAAUGCUCUUAACUUAUAAUAAUUCAAAACCCCGAAAAAAAAAAUCAAACGUAGGGGCAUAGCUUGUUGAUAUGCAUCUAACCGUAUUAAUAUAUUUUCUAUAUAAUUAAUAUCCAGAGGAAAAGUGAGGAUUACGUUUGUAUGAAAAGGUGAUUUCGGGUCCUCCACUUUCGUCUUAAAUACGACCAAACAACUCGCCUUGUACGUCGAAUAAGAUAACUAAUCUUUGUAACCACGAUUACACAGUAAAUAUUUACAAACUGUGCAAUGAAAUGAACAAA